AUGGCCCGUUUCAGUCUCUCAUUUAUCUCCAUUUUCCUCGUCCUCGUGGUUCUCACUCUCUCCAUGCCCACCAAGCGUGAUGGGCAAGCCCCCAGCAAACCGCUUAGCCUCGAUGGCACUGUUAAAGAAUUGAUGCAUGCAUCUAAGUUGAUGGAUGGUCUUGACAAGAAGGAUAAAAAUGACAAGGAGAACCACAAGGAGCAUGCCCCCGCGAUGUCCAACGCGGAGAAGCAGGAGGCAAACAAGAAGGAGGCCAAAAAGCAGGAGGACCAGGUUUAUGCGAAGCUAGCUGAUAAGGCCGAGGCUUCUGGCAAGCCUACUCCUACUGCCACCUCUACCAAGAAGCUUUCCUCCGGCAAUUUUGUGACCCCAACUGCUACCCCUACCCACAAGCCCACAUCUCAGCCUAACGCCUUGGGCAAAAUUCCCAUCGUCGGUGGUCUUCUUGGUGGUGCCGGAGGCGGUCUCUAA